UUAUUUUUGUGUAUUUGGUUUCUGAACUGUGCAAUCACAGAGGAUCAGAGCUAUGGCAGGAGGAAGCGGCGGAGGAAGAAACUUAGAGCAAACGCCGACGUGGGCGGUGGCUGUUGUGUGUUUUGUUUUAAUCUUAAUUUCCAUAAUCAUCGAGCAUAUCAUACAUCUCAUGGCAAUGUGGUUGAAGAAGAAGAAGAAGAAAGCUCUAUACGAGUCACUGGAAAAGAUCAAAUCAGAGCUGAUGUUACUAGGGUUCAUAUCGUUGCUGCUGACGGUAGGACAGAGUCUUAUAACAAGAAUAUGCAUACCAGAAAAAGUGGCAAACACGUGGCACCCCUGCAGCGACGACGAAGACGAGGCACAAGACUCGGAAGAUACCGAGACCACCGGCCGGAGAUUGCUGGCGGCGUUACUUGAUUCCAAGGGUGAAAAAAGCCGGCGUGUUUUGGCAGCCGGAGGAGGAGACGACAAUUGUGCGGAGGGCAAAGUAGCGUUUGUGUCGUCAGAUGGGAUUCAUCAGCUGCAUAUAUUUAUCUUCGUGCUCGCUUGUUUUCAUGUGCUUUACUGCAUCCUCACUCUGGCUUUGGGUCGUGCUAAGAUGAGAAGGUGGAAGCGAUGGGAAGAGGAAACAAGAACACUUGAGUACCAGUUUACGAACGAUCCAGAGCGAUUCAGAUUUGCAAAGGACACUUCAUUCGGAAGAAGGCACUUGAGCUGUUGGACGAAAACUCCUCUCCUCAUUUGGAUUGUUUGUUUCUUCAGACAGUUCGUGAGGUCAGUUCCUAAAGUAGAUUACUUAACCCUGAGACAUGGCUUUAUGAUGGCACAUUUAUCGCCUCAGAGUCAAGAGAGCUUCGAUUUUCGGAAAUAUAUAAAGAGGUCUUUAGAAGAAGACUUCAAAGUCGUCGUGGGAAUCAGUCCUCCAAUCUGGGCCUUUGCUGUCUUGUUCCUCCUUUCUAACACUCACGGAUGGUACGCGUAUCUGUGGUUUCCAUUUAUCCCUUUGGUGAUAAUAUUGUUGGUGGGGACGAAGCUUCAAGUGAUAAUAACAAAAAUGGGACUUAAGAUCGAAGAGAGAGGAGACGUGGUGAAGGGGGUGCCACUCGUGCAACCAGGGGAUGACCUCUUCUGGUUCAAUCGACCUCGCCUCCUUCUCUACCUCAUCCACUUUGUGCUCUUUCAGAAUGCUUUCCAGCUCGCUUUCUUUUCCUGGAGUGAGUUACAAUUCGGGGGGAAACCUUGCUUUCAUUCACAAAAGGAAGACUUGAUCAUCAGAAUCACGAUGGGGGUCUUCGUUCAAAUCCUCUGCAGCUACGUCACGCUUCCUCUGUAUGCUCUCGUAACGCAGAUGGGAUCGAGCAUGAGGGCGACGAUAUUUAGCGAAAGAGUAGUGGCGGCACUCAGGAAAUGGCACCACAAAGCCAGGAGGGAGGUUAAGAGGAGGCGUGGUUCAGUGGGAACGGCGUCGGAAACGCCGUCGCCGCCCAUGUCUCCGGCGUCUCUCUUAAGAUACCACCGGAGUGAAGUGGAAAACAUCAGCGUCCACACGUCUCCCAGGAGAUCAAGCGUGGAAGCUGAUUAUUCUGCAUCUCCACCGCAUUACAUGAAUAAGGUUAAUGUGGCUUCUUCGUCUAGUUAUCAGCAGCAGCAAGUGGAAAUGGAGCCUCAACGCCGUCACCGUCAACCUGAAAUUCGAUCGCCUUCCUCCAUUAACGUACCUCAACAUGAGAUUGAUAUUGCCCCUACCAAAGAAUUCUCCUUUGACAAACGUACGAAUUUCCUUUCCCAGUGAAGUGCCUAUAAUAAUCAACUUCCGAAUGCAGGCCUACAUGCAUAUUGCAGGCGAAAAGAAUUCCCGGUUUUGUGAAUGUGUCGGGAGAGCUUCGAGCCAAUUUUAUCUGUGUGCACAUCUUAUAUUCAUAUUUGUAAAACGUUUAUACGAGUAUACUCUUGUCUAAACAUUUAUGUGUCAGGGACAAUAGUUCCAUCACAAUCUUUCAUUCA